UAGUGUAGCAACUAGCAAGACGAGAGGAGACAAAAAAAAAUUCCCGCGUUUGAGAAAACGGGGGGAAAGUGAAACCCACAAAACUCUCUCGCUCUAAAACCCUCUUCCCCCAAAUCAUCAGAAUCCAACUCUCAGUUGCAGACGAGUCGACGAAUAAUGGAGAGAACGAAGUCAUUUAAGGGUUCGAAUGUGUUCUUAUCUCGAAACCUAGUUCUACCUGAUAAAUUCGAUGCUGUUCAUGACUCUCUUAAACAAAAUGGUGCCGAAGUCUUUCUAUGUUGUGAUCCUUCUCGAUCUGGUACUAAUGAUUAUCACGUCAUCUCCGGUCCAUCCCAUGAUAAAUUUGAGGAUCUUCUAGCCAAAGGAUGUAAAUUACUGGGUACUGAGCUAGUUAUUUCCUGCGGGAAAGAAAAUAGAGCGCUUCCGAAAAAUAAAGGUUUCACUUGUUGUCUUGCUAUGGAUGGGGUUAAAGUACUUGCAACUGGGUUUGAUAACAAGGAGAAGGGAAAGAUUGAAAAGCUAGUCACUGCAAUGGGAGGAGUCUUUCAAACCAGGGCGGCAUUAGAUACCGAUUUUGUUAUUUGCAAAAACGUUUUGUCUGGAAAGUACAAGUGGGGUUUACACACACUAAAGAAACCAGUCAUCACCAUUAACUGGUUAUAUCAGUGCUGGAGUGAGCAUCGUUUAGUGCCACAUGAACCAUGCAGAGUUCUUCCUUUUUCUGGAUUGACCAUCUGCUUUACCAGAAUUGCAGCAGAUGUAAGGAAGGAGAUGGAAAACCUUAUUGUACACAAUGGAGGGCAAUAUUCUGGUGAUCUAACAAGGAAUUGCACACAUCUCAUUUCUGACGCUCCUGAAGGCGAUAAAUACAGGGUUGCCCAAAAGUGGGGUCACGUUCGUAUUGUUACUAAAGAUUGGCUCCGUGAUUCAUUUAAUAGAAAAGUUUAUCUACCAGAAGACGCAUACCUGGUUCAGGGGAUUACGAUGUCUGCAAACCAUGUUCUAAAGAAUAAGUUGAGAGAAAAAAAUUAUCAAGAUAAGAAGAGCACAAAUUCGCAAUCUGGUCCAGGCCCAAUAGCUGCAGAUUCGGAAGCAACCCUGUCGCAGAACAUAUCUUCUGCCAUUUCUGAUUCCACCGUCAUCAUGAAAGGUGAGGAAGGAAUUGAAGUACCACCUCCAUCGAAGAUUGAAGACAAGGAGGACACAUUGGAUAGUUGUGUUGCCGAUGACUCUCAAAGUGAAGAUAGUGGGUUGUACUUGUCAGAUUGCAGAAUUUUACUUGUUGGCUUCCAUGCUGCUGAAAUGCGUAAACUAGUCAAUAAGGUGCGAAGAGGUGGAGGUUCUCGGUAUAUGGCAUUUAAUGAUAGACUUACACACAUUGUCGUUGGAACUCCUACAGAAAAUGAAAGAAGAGAACUGAGGCGCUACACAGCUGCUGGUGUCAUUUAUGUGGUUAGAGCUGUUUGGCUCGAUGAUUGUGAUCGAGAGAAAAAAGAACUUCCUGUAUCUAAAAGGCACGUUGUUCCUGAUUUAAUACUUCCAAAAGAUUCUGUAUGCCCUGAUAAAGCAACAAAAAUAGGUACAAGGCAAGGACACAACUUAAUUACCCCUCCAAGCGUGCCAGAUCAUUUGACGCAAUGUUUUCGGCCUAGUAUGCCUCGAGAGCAAACUGAAGAAAGGAAAACCAUGGAAGCAAGCAAGCAAGAAAGCUCUAUGGUUAAGAAGAACUCAUCUAAUAUUUUUAGGGGAUCUGUUUUUCGGUUUUCGAGUUCUUUUCCUCUAGAUCGGAGAGCUGAGAUUGUCGAAUGGAUAAAGCAAGGGGGAGGAGAGAUCGUGGAUGGUCAGAGUGAGUUUAAUGUGAAUUUUACUGUUGAAUGUCAUGGUCUGGUGACCAAGGCGGGAAAUGUUUCUCAAAGUCAGACUACUAUUGUUUCUACCCACUGGAUCAGAUCCUGUUUAGAGGAUGCCUGCAUGCCAGAUGUUGGAAGCCACAUCAUCUACUCACCAGUUCCCUGCAAAAUUCCUUUACCUGGAUUUGAAGCAUUUCGGUUCUGCGUUUCGCAGUACGAAGAGAAAGAUAGGCUGCUGUUAAGAAAUCUGUGUUUUGUUCUUGGAGCUAAAUUCACAGAAAAACUGAGUAAAAAGGUUACACAUCUACUUUGUAAGUUCACUAAUGGCCCAAAGUAUGAAGCCGCGUGUAAAUGGGGGAUGCAGACAGUAACUUCUGAGUGGAUUUCUGAAUGUAUCCGGCAAAAUGCUGUUGUCUCAGCGCAUCCAUUUCGGCCCAAAGAAAUGACUGCUCAAGAUCGUGAAGCAGGACUGGCCACAAUGAGUCAAUACACUACGCAAGCUGCUAGAAUGAUAUCAGGAGAAGAUGUUCCAUCUCAGUCACAAGGUCAAUCACAGUUUGCAAUGAAUUCAUCACGCACUUUUGGAAAGAAAAGUACUAACUUGAGUGUGGAGGCAGAAUAUCCAAGUGCUACCAAUAAAAAAAGGGCAAAGGUUUCAGCCAAUAAUGACAAAAUAGAUUUACUCCCUCUGGAUGUUUGUGCGAAUGUCUCAUCCUGCACGAUGAAAUCCAUAAAAACCAGCGAAGGGGGAAAUAUUCGGGAUGAUGGUUCUCAUGAUGUACCAGAUGUAGCUGCAGCUAUUGAGGACCUCUUAGAAGAGUCCAGUAAGAUACAAGACAUGGCGUUAUCUGGGAGGACUAUUUCUGAUCGAAGUAUUUUCUCUCCUGAUCAUUCAAUCAUUACUCAAAAUCCUGCAACUUCACACUCUGCAAUACAGAUUUCUACGAGCUGGCUAAGCAGGAAAGAGAAACAAGAUGAUGGCAACCAGUGCGAUUCUUCUUCAGUUCAAGGCGUAAAUGAACACCGCACAUACGACGGUUUUAGUGAAACACAAACAGAGUCUCAGGUUGUAGUUUAUGAAGAAGAUUUGUCGGGCAGACAGAUGAUGAUUGAUAGACACCGGACACGAAGUAGCAUGACUUGAAACUGUGUCAGUUGAGUAGUAGAUAUGGAUCAAUCCAAAUGCAUUCUUCAGAGAUCAUCAACGAAGUCUCAGCUGAGGAUGCAAGGUUUACUUGGAUUCCGGCAUUGAAAUCCUGUAUUACAUAUCCGUGCCUGUAAUGCGCUGCUUGUUAGGUUUAUCACUAAUCAUCUUAUUGAAAUUGAUAUAGCCAUGACGGACUGGGCUGUUGCCUUAAAAUUUGAAGAUGUAUAUAAUUCUACAUUUUAAUUUCGUCAACACAUUUGGGAAGGGAAAAAAGAAGAAGAAAUAUCGAUGUUAAAAAAUCCUAGAAAUGAAAGAUAAAAAACAAUGGUACCAUGUGUUUGUCUAAUAGAAACUAAUCCCGCGGUAUUAGUUUGAAUAAUUUAAAAUAUUAUUAC